CGUGUGAUAACUUCUGCUUAUUUGUGAUACGAGUACCCCAAAUUUGCCUAAAUAUCUAUAGUGGUCAAAAUAUCAACAACUAUGAAAACUUUCUUACGAUUUAUACUUCUAUGCUGUGUUGUUGAGGUGCUUUCUGUAGAUUUUCCCGAAGAUCUUCUGGAUGAACACGCUUAUGGAUGUUUUAAAAAGCUGAACCUCAGCAAAGAUAUAUUGUCCUCAUACUUCGAUGAUAGAUUAAAGAUGGUCAAUUUAGACGAGACCGGGGUUAAUCUUUUAAAAUGCCAACUUAAGGACGGCAACUACUUCACUCACGAGGGCGAACCCAAUAAGGAACCGAUGGUCAAAUGGAUAGCCAAAUGGCUCAAACUUAUAGCUAAGCGUGAUCCCCAAGGGAAAGACUGGGCAACUUUGGCUGCGGAAUUUUAUGAACACUGUGAAAAUAUAAAAGAUGACAACGAAGCGGAACUGAUGAAGAGGUGGAAUAAGUGUCUUACAGAUCAGGCUGACAAUAUAGUAUAAUAAUUAAGUUAUUGUAUCUUACUGUUUUACUGAAUAGUGACUAUAUUUUUGUGUUAUUAACUUUGGUAUAAAGUAAAGAAUACCUUCGAGGUAGAAUCAA